CACAACCCAGCUAAACAAUAACACAAACCCAUCGUUAGCUAAAGAAAUUAAAUCCCCCAAACCAACCCAAGCAAUCUACCACACAGACCCAAUGGCUGCACCCGAAACCCUCCGGUCCAUUCUCUGCGCCGAGACAUGGCUUUGGAAUGACGGCACAACGUCCAUCACCUUCUACGAGAACGGUACCGGCAGGCUAGUCUGCACGACCGAAUUAACCGCCUGGAUCGUCGCCGAACUCGACUGGAAGGCGCACGAUCCCUCCCAUCUCGACCAAGUCGUCACUCUCGACAACAGCAGCUGGAACCCCACGACUAUCAGCGACUUCAGCAUCGAAAUGACACUCACGACGCGCCGUCCCCCAGACGGACCCGCAUCCGACUACCCGGGCAGGGUGAAUGAGCAUUGGCUCCAUGACAAUGCCUUCCGACCCAAGACAUACCAUCUGAAACUGGAGCAAGGUAGAUUCCGAAACCAAUUUGACAUCAUGCACAAGGUGCGCGAUGGCUUGCAGUAUGCCUUGCGGCUGGUCUUCGAUCCAUCGCCAUUGCCGCCCGACGGGGAAUGGAAUGAGGAGAGUCAUGGGCCGCAUGCGAUGAAGUUGUGGGAGUAUACGCAGUUUAAUGCGAGGAAGUAUGAGGAGAAGGAUUUGGGGUUGUGGGAUAAAUUGAUGGUGUGGUAUGAGAAGUGAGGGGGCGUGGAUUAACGUAUAUGAUGGAAUCUAAUCGGAUAUUGGUCGUGUCUAAUAAUAUUCAAUGCCCGUCCCAUCCAGGCUGAGUCCCGGAUCCCAACCUUUUCCUCCGAAUAUAUGGCUUUGGCCAGUGCUGUUCAUGCCUAGCAAGGACUGUGAUUC